AUGGCUUCAUCAGCUAUCACACCAUACAGCAUUCUUGGAGUGGCUGAAACGAGUAACGAUUUACAAUUGCGUAACGCAUAUCUUAAAUUGAUUCAUCAGUUCAAAGCAGAUCGACAGAAAUCGUCUGCAAAUCGUACGAUUACGGCUGAACAAUUCCGAAAAAUAUGCCGUGCAUAUGAAACAUUAUCCGAUCAUGACAAAAGGAAGCGAUAUAAUCAGCGACAAGAAUGGAUUUCUGAUUUGCACGUAUCGAAAUAUACACUUCAACAGUUAGCAGCGGAACCUGAUCUUUCAUUAGAAUUGAGGCAACGAUUGAAAAACGCGACAUUAAGGCAAAUUAAUGCACAAGAUCCGGUAACAGGUCAUACACCGUUGUAUUGUGCAGCACGUGCUUGCAAUGUUGAAGCUGUAUACUAUUUAAUUGAACAAGGUGCUGAUUCUGAUCUAUCACAGCGGACAGGAAGCACAGCUUUACAUGUGGCGGCAUUCUAUGGACAUCCAGAAAUAAUUCGUUGCCUAUUAGAAUGUGGAGCCAAUUAUCAAUUAAAAAAUUCUCACGGAAAUACGGCCGAACAAGAAUCUCAUGAUGAUGAGGUUCGAAAAACUUUUGCUGAAUUGAAACAGAUGCCCUUCGUUCAAGCAGCUACUAAUCAACUAGAUUGGUUCAAAAAAAAUAUUAAGAAUAUUCGAGAACAUAUUGAUACACAAUAUCCUCCUCAACAACGGACAUUACUUCAUUGCGCUUGCAAAAAGGGUUAUUUCGAUCUUGCUAAAUGGUUCAUCGAAGAGCGUUCAGCUCAACUCGACAUUAUUGAUAUCAAUUUGAAUUCGGCUCUACAUCUUGCUGCCUACGGUGGACAUGCAUCAAUUAUUGAGUAUCUUCUCAAUAAAGGUGCAAACUCAACUCUAAUCAAUAAAUGGGGCAUGACGGCUGAACAAGAAGGUCUAAUUAAUGGCAAUCAAAUUACCGACAUAUUUCGGUUAAUGCGUGAAAGAAAUAUGUUUGAAAUGGCAAAGAAUGGUGUCGAUUGGUGGUUUCAAUAUCAUUUUGAUGGCAAAUCGCCUAAUGCUGUCGAUCACACGGGCACAAGUUUACUCUAUGUUGCAUGCCGUUUUGGCCAAACAUCUGUCGCAAAAUGCCUUUUACAAAAAGGUGCAAAUAUAAAUGUACAAAUACCUAACAAAGGUAGUACACCAUUGCAUGGUGCUGCAUAUAAUGGACAUUUAUCGACAGUUCAGUUAUUGCUCUCUCGAGGUGCCGAUGUCAGUAUCAGAAAUAAAUAUGAUGCUACGGCUUUGGAUGAAGCCAAAGGUGACGAAAUAAAAAAACUCUUACAAGAAUAUCGAAAUAAUUUAGCUGUUGACAAGUACAUUCCUGUACAUUUGUUUGAGGAUGGUGCGAGUUCCGGAAAUGAACCAAUUGUAAAAGUACAACUACACUGCGAUGCAACGAUUAGUGAUCUCAUAAAGGCUAUACCAGAACCAUAUCAUAAUAAAUAUCGAUGGUUCUCCAUUGCUCGAAGUCCUUUAGAUUUUGAUAAUGAAACUACAACAUUAAUAUCAGCCGUGUGCCGUGCUCGUUAUGCAAGCUCGAAAUUCGUAGAUUUACCAAUAUGUCUCAUUACCUAUAAUUCUCCUCGCUAUAUGAAUAGUGGUUAUACACAGAGAGACGAACUUGUCAGUUCUAACUUACGCAUUUUCCAGGGCAAGUUUCAAUCAAAAUGUAAAGAUGCAUCUUUUCAAAUUAAAGCUAAAUCAAAAGAGGAACAAACGUAUAAUAUUAAAAAUUUGUUAUUCACUUUUGCAUCCGGUUGUGCUGAUAAAAAUAUUUCAAUUGAAGUAAAAUAUAUUUUUGCACCAGAUCCUGAACAGUUUCAAUUGCCUAGAUGUGUUUGUUUAUUCCAAACAAAUUAUACCAAUAAACAUGACAAACUAAAUGAUAUGCCCAAUGUAACAGUCAAUGAUGAAACAAAUGUGAAACUGUAUACGUGGAUGCCAAACUCUGCCUACUGGUUUUCCUAUAGUAAUCAACAUAAUCGUUUACCUUGCAUUGGUAGCCUACAUGCUUUGAUACGUCAUGGUGAAAUUUUCCCGAACGCACUUUAUCUGCCACCAGACAUGUUCAUUGAAGCUGCUGUUGGGCAGAAAUUUCAGCUACAUCAAACUCCCGUGAUGUGUCACUAUCUUAAGAUAUGCGACUAUAAUCCGCAACUUUUCCCGCACACUGCCUAUCAUGGUACGUCUAUUAAUGUUAUCCGAUCGAUACUCAUGGACGGGCUUGUGAUGCCAAGUACAGUUGUCUCUAACGGUUUUCGUGUCUGUCCACCUGCAAGUCAUAUUCCACGAGGAGAAGAAGCUUUCGGUAUUCCCGAUUUUGCUAAUGCAAUAUUUGUUAGUCCAAGCAUAUAUUACUGUUCAGACCCAGUCUAUGCUGUAACAUUUUCUCAUGACGACCAACGCAUGAUAGCAGUACUAGAAUGUCAAGUUCAGAAAGACGCAUUUCGUGCUUUUCCAAGCACUGUCUCAACAUAUAAAGCACAUUCGAGUGAUGAUUUAAAUGCUAUUGAAUGGCGCAUUGAAUGUCCAGCGGCUAUUCGAAUUACAGGGAUACUGUUCAUUCCAGUUGUCAAAUCACGAACUGAAGCAGCACGAUCACGAGCUAAAAAAUUAGAUGUUGAUCCUAAUGCUCUUGCAUGA